AUGGCUGAGAACAGAGCUCGAUCGUUGGCGGGGAGCGCAGCAAGGUGCGGGCAGAUGCUGGCGGAAGUGGGGCAGAAGGCGGACUGCGUGUGCCCUUACGGGAUGAAGCUCAGUUGGGACAUCAACGAUCCGCAGAUGCCUCAGGAGCCUGCGCACUUCGACCGCUUCUGCGAGUGGCCCGACGGCUACGUGCGCUUCAUCUACCGCAGCGACGAGAAGAAGGCGCAGCGCCACCUGAGCGGCUGGGCCAUGCGCAACACCAACAACCACAACGGCCACAUCCUCAAGAAGUCGUGCCUAGGCGUGGUGGUGUGCGCUCGGGCCUGCGCCCUGCCCGACGGCUCCCGCCUGCAGCUGCGGCCCGCCAUCUGCGACAAGGCGCGCCUGAAGCAGCAGAAGAAGGCGUGUCCCAACUGUCACUCCGCCUUGGAGCUGAUUCCCUGUCGAGGGCACAGCGGAUACCCCGUAACCAACUUCUGGCGACUUGAUGGCAACGCGAUAUUUUUCCAGGCCAAGGGAGUGCAUGAUCACCCAAGACCAGAAAGCAAAUCAGAGACGGAAGCUAGAAGAAGUGCCAUCAAGAGACAAAUGGCCUCUUUUUACCAAUCCCAGAGAAAGAGAAUUCGAGAACCAGAGGCUGCAGAGAAUCAAGACAACAGUGGACAUUUCAACAACAUGCCUCCCUUGGAAAGUCCAGAAGAGUCUGAUGUAAUUGCUGACACUGGCCCUGGCUUCCCUAUUCCAGGGCAGCCUUGCUUUUCCUUCCCCAGCUCCGAGGCUUACAAAGCUACCUGUGACCUAGCCACCUUCCAAGGAGACGUAAUGCCACCCUUUCAGAAAUAUCCAAAUCCAAGAAUUUUUUUGCCUGGGCCACCUUGCAGCUAUGGAUUGGCAGGUCCUAGUUACAAAAAUUCAAGCCCACAUCCUGCCCAUUAUCCAAAUUCCAGCAGCAUCUCUAAUGACACAGACUGGGUUCAUCUGAAUGCACUGCGAUAUAAUGUCAAUUCCUACAGCAGCUUUGAGAGAAGCUUUGAUUUCACCAGUAAACAACACGGCUGGAAAGCAGCUCUUGGAGCACCUGGCCUUGGGGAGAGGCCCGACCAUGGACAGCUCCAGGCUGUGGCCACUCACCCAUAUUAUAACUCAGAGCUUCCAUGCAGGUACCUCUCCACUCCCCCGGCAGGUGCUCCAGCCCUACAGACCGUGAUCACCACCACCACCAAAGUGUCCUACCAGGCCUACCAGCCCCCUGCUCUGAGAUACUGCGACAGCAUACAGGAAGGGAAGAGCCCUUCAGGGUGUAACUAUGCUUCUGAAAACAUCCCCCUGCCCAUCUACCCGGAAAGCUUGGACUUCCCAGCCUCAGUAGCCAGGGCAGCCUCACCAGCAGGAUCACUUCCUUUGACUAUUCCAGGCGACUGCAGAGCCAUCGGACCCACUCUGGCCUUUCCCCAAGAGCCCACUCCCUCCAGGACAGAUGGAGCGGAGACUUGGGAUGUGUAUCCAUCGAGGUUGGGAUCUGCGAUCAGUUAUUCAGAUGGGGCUAGUCCAUUCUUUAGCUAUGACAGUGAGGACUUUUGA